CUUCCCCCGGCGGCACGCCACGCUAGGGCGCGGCACGCCAUCCCGCGUCCGACGGCUGGGCGCUGGCAGAGAGGCGGCAUGUCGGGCUUGGACUACCUGGCGGCCGAGUGCCUGGUGUCCAUCUCCAGCGGGGCCCUCGUCCACCCCGCCGCCCCCUCGGAAGACUGGACGGCGCGCCCCGGCUGCCGUUCGACGGCGCGCCAGCCCGUGCGCCCCGCCGCCGCCGCCGCGCCCUCCGACGGCCUCCGCCCUUCGCCCGGAGGGGGCCAGCUGGCCUGCGGCUUCAGCGCUUUCCCGGAGGGCCGAGCCCCCGACGGCGCCAGCCCGGCUGUGCCCGCCGCGGCCGCCCCCUCGCCCAAAAGGCACCGGUGCCCCUUCCCCGGCUGCGCCAAGAUCUACGGGAAGUCGUCGCAUCUGAAGGCGCAUCUCCGAACGCACACGGGUGAGAGGCCUUUCCCUUGCAGCUGGUCUGGCUGCCAGAAGAGGUUCGCCCGCUCUGAUGAGCUGGCCCGUCACUUACGCACCCACACCGGGGAGAAGCGCUUCACCUGCCCGCUCUGUGACAAGCGUUUCAUGCGCAGCGACCACCUGACCAAGCACGCCCGGCGCCAUCCUGCCUUCCGCCCAGGCAUGGUCCAACGGUCCAACUGCCACAGUGCAUCCCCCAGUGACUCGGCUGCCAGCAGCCUGGCCGGGAGCCCUGCCCCUGACAGCCCCACCUCUGACAGCCCCGCCCCUUAAAAAGUCUGUGGCAAAAGUCCUGUUAUGGCUGGUGCUUGCUGCACUUCUUUGGAAGAUGUCCUUCUGACCCAUGGAAGACACCCGGGAGACAUUCUGCCACAGGAAAGCCUGGCGCUCCAGCACUUCUCCCCCAUCCCCACUGGAGCUCUCCACCAGUCUGAAGCUCUGCAUGACUCCUAGAUGCCCCAUGGGGCCAGCUGCCAAACCCAGCACAAUCUCCCAAGUCCUCCCAAGCGACUAGGAUAACCAAAAUUGAAUAUUUCUGGUUUUGCUCCCUUUGGAUCUAGCCACCCUGACUUGCCUGCAUUUCCUGGCAUGACAGACAGGCCCCCCCCCCCCCCGCCUCUGUGACUGGCAUCCUGGGAAGACUGCCUGAGCAUGAAGACUUUUAACCUGCUAUUUGCUGCCGCAUGCAACAUUCCAAGCAGAACAUUCCACCCUUAUACUCAGGAACAGAAGAAUGUGGAGCCCAAGACCUGUCUGACCCAGUGUUCUGCUUCCAACAGUGGCCAGUCCCAAACUGGUGUCUGCUAGAGAGUGCUGUUCCUUAUUUUUGUCCCCAGCACCAGAGAUAUUCUGCCACUGAACAAGGAGGCUCCAUUCGUUGCUGUCAUGGCUGACAGCAACUGACGGAUUCCUCUACCCUUCCUGAAUGUGUUAAAUCCUUCUAAACAUAACCGCCUGCACUGCUACAUCCUUUUGCCAUGAAUUCCAUGGAGUGCUUAGACAUUGGAUGAAGAAGGAAUUUCAGAUGUGACUGCUCUCCCAGGGCCCAUUACUGUCUGGGUUAAUCAAACUUGACGACACCGAUUCUUUCUCUCUAACCUCCAGAAUAGUUCCCCCAUGGCUUAAAUGGUGCCCCCCCCCUUUGAUCUCGAUUUAAAGAUCUCAAUAUAAUUCCCUCCCAAGGGGGAAGGCUUCUCUAUAGGUGUGGUUGAUUUCUGACCUUGAUGCCUAUAACUCAAUGGUACCUCUCCUAAGUUAAUAGAUAUCACUUGUAAAUAGUUUUUGCCCCUGGCUCGAGGGCUAUCUUGUAAAGGAGGUGAGGGGUGUUUUUAUGGGUGUGGUGGCUGUUGCUUUGAUUUUUUUAAGUGUGUUCAUUAUUUUUAUUAAAGGGUAAAACAAAAAUGACAGAAGGGGAGGCAGUUAGGACUUGAAUGGCCUGGUUCACAAACAUCACAAAGGGACUGGCGCUGGAGGAAGGCAGCUUCCUUGCCUCCUUCCGCGGCCUGCCUUGACCCCUGAAAUUGUGCUCCUUCAGGCCGGUGGAGGUGAAGGAACAGCAGAGGGUGCGUGGAAGUCUGCAGUGGAAGGGAGGAAUUUGCAAAAAUCACACACCCCUCUUCCACAGAUGGGAAAGCCAUUUCAUAACUGCCACAUAGGAUCCUGUUGCUGAGUCCUCCCCUCGGAAUAUGGGUGGAAUGGGUGUAGCCAGGCUCCAGCCGGUCGGAACAGAUUUACUAGUGUGAGUUGAAAUGUAUCAAAGCACUUUUAAUGGGGGACCGUGCCCCUGGCAAUCUACUGCACAUCAGGGAUUCCUUUCUUUUAUUUUUAAGAAAUUGAUUUUGAUGCUUUGGGGUGAUGGAAGAGACCCAAAGGCACACCUGAUCUCCAGAAAGCUGUUGUUUGGAAAGUAGGGCUCUGUUUGUGUGCGCACGACAUCAUUGGGCUCUACCACUGUCUGCUUUUAGAAAUUUUGAGUCUGUUGGGUCCAGGACGAGGUCCAUCCCACAGGCACUUCCUCAUAAGCGGGGCUGAUGGUGUCUCUCUGUGUACAGAGGACCAUUCACAAACAAUUUCAUGACUGCUGGAACUUUUUAAUGAAAAUGAUGAAUGGGGUUGGGAGAGUUACUGCUGGCCAGAUUGCUUGCUCUGUGCACGAGUGUUCAGAUUAACAAAAUGCUCAAGAAAAGUUGCAGCUUUGAGUUUCGGGUGGCCAAAAUGCCCUUGAGCCAGUUUAAUCAGAUGAAUCUGGGCUGGGACAGCCUUAAGGGAACCUGAUAAACUUUGGGCCUUCAAACCUAGCAACUUCCUGAAAUGGCAGCUGACACCCCACCCCCCCAGGUUUAGUGUGCUGUGUGAUCCCUUUGGGGAUGGCACGCUGGUAUGGAUUUGAACUUCAGACCCAGGGAUUCUAAAAUGCAGGAUAUGAUUUUGGGAGUGCGAGUCACUCUCAAAAGUGUACUGCCUGACCCAGAGGUAUAAACUAUCUUGACAGUUUGAAGCCAGGAAAAAAAAAUUGGGAGGAAAAAAAUGGGAAUUUCGGGGGAAAUUGAAAAAAAAAAUCAGACCUUGGCAAACCUGAACUUUUGUUUUCACUGCUUUAGAACCAUAAAAUACAUUUUUCAUAAUUUUAGCGGCUUCUGCAGAGUUAUCUCCAUCCCAAAUGCAACACAGCAGUGGGAUUCCAUGGGGCCCACAGUGACUGGCAUUGUGUCUGUGCUUUUGUGCAGUGGAAGAUCCACCGUGAGUGGCUUGGGAACAGGUGCCUGUGGAUUUGUGGCCACCAUUCCUGCCUGCUCCUAUGGAAGGGGUGAAUUUUCAUGCCCUGGUCUAGAAGCAGCCUUUGUUAGCCUCUAAAACUGCACUGUUUGGCCUAUUGAUAACUAUUUAAACUGUGUGUUUGAAUAAAACGGCAAAUUUAUCUCUCUGUGUGUAAAGUGCCAUCAAGUUGCAGCUGACUUAUGGCAACCCUAUAGAGCCACUUUGGUGUACUAGUUAAAAGAGCGGCAGGAGUCUAAUCUGGACAACUGGGUUUGAUUCCUCACUCCUCUGCUUGAAACCAGCUUGGGUGACUUUGGGUCAGUCACAGCUCUCUCAGCUCCAUCCACCUCACAGGGUGAUUGUCAUGAGGAUAAUAACAUACUUUGUAAACCACUAAGUGGGCAUUAAGUUGUCCUGAAGGGUGGUAUAUAAAUUGAAUGUUGUUGUUAUCAUAAGGCAAGAGAUGAACAGAGGUGGUUUGCUAUUGCCUGCCUCUACGUAGCAACCCUAGACUUCCUUCAUAGUCUCCAAUCCAAGUACUAACCAGGGCUCACCCUGAUUGGUUUCUGAAACCUGAUACUGGGUUUGCUUAGGCUGCAAACAACCAUCCCCGAUACUACCUAAGAAUAAAUAUCUUCUUGUCCGCCAUCUGGGAAAAAAAAGGGGGUGAAAAUAGAAACUCCAUUUUGUUGCCGCUAGAAACAGUCUGUAUACAGUCCCAGUAUUUGUAGCCUGGCAGCUGAUAUGGAUAUCUAAUAGAACAGCACUUAAUACAUUGACCCCUUCAAGUAAUAUGGUCCACUGUACAUCUUUUGAAUUGUGGGCAAAAUUAAUCCCUUGUAAAAAUAUCCAGAAAUGCAGCAUAUGCAGAAUUAUCAUUAUCCCAUGCUGUAGAUUGACAUAUUUAAAAAUCUUCAUGCUAUACUGAAAAUAUUUUUAGUAAAACCACAUCUCAAGUAUUUAUUUUCUUCAAACAGCUAAAAUAAUUAAUUUGAGGGUUUUUUUUAAUGUUCCCCACAUUUCCAGUUUCUCCGUGGGAAUUCUUUUUAAAAAGCUGACGAUAGAAGAAAGGUAGUUUCCCAACCCCACCCCCCUAGCCAUUACAUCUCUAGGUUGCUUGCCCAAACGGAGUGGGUUGGGAUCCCCGAUGUCUUGGAGAGGAACAGAACUGAAUAUAGCACCAGCAGUUCUGGACCUGGCAUAAAGUGUCACACGCCCUUGUGGAACCACGUGGGAGCAGUAAUUUUCCCCACACGCUUUCACUGUAGGAGAAUUUAUUUUCUAAAAAAAAAACAUUGUCCCUUUAUUGAGCUAUUGAUACCAAAAAGCAAAUAUUUUAAAGAGGAACAUAGAUUUUUAUUUACAAAAAAAAUUGUUGACUUUGGUUUGCAAGAGGUAUUUUUGAAAUGAAAGAUCAAAUUGCAUUCGCAGGCCUUAGGAAAUGGAUGCGAGUGCAAAAGUUUUAUUUUUUAUUAACGAUGUUUUGUGGUAGACAUUCAGCUUUCCCCCUGUACUAGCCUAAUUCGUAGUGCAAAAUGAGAGGUGCUGGAGCUCUUACGCAUUUCCAUGUGCAAGGUGCAUUCCAUGUGCCUGGAAUAGCUUGCAUAUAAUCCAGUUGUUGGUGCGUAUCUUUCUCAUAGAAGGGAACAAGGUGGCUUUGUGAGGCACUAGCUUCAGAGGUACCUUAAAUGGGACAUACCAGUGCUUAAUAUGUAAUUAAGCCAAAUUUUACUUUGAAACAGCCAUAAUUUUAUUUUGAGAAGCUAUGACCUCCCAAAGUACCUGCUUUAAUCACUUAAGUUACAAAGCUCUGGUAAUUCCCUAGGAACAAGUGAAUUUAUUUGUUCCUAUUUAUAUUUGCUUGGUAACAGAGCUCAAGAACUAUUUUUUUGGUCUAUAUAUCUGGAUUUGUGUGUUGUUGGGUGCUGUGCAGAUUCCCAAGUGGGUAUUUUUCCAAGUCUGUAUAUUUUCUAUAUAAGCACUGAAAGUCAUGUGUGUUUUCUCUCGAGUGAAGUUUUUAAUUAAAACAAAAAGCUGUGUUUUAAUUUGUUCCUGUGUGUUAUUUCUGGAGAGUUAUCCCAUCCCCACACAGUUUCCUCAGGAGUAACACCCAUUGAACACACUGGGAUUGAUAAAUAAGUUUGUAAUCUGGUACAUGC